AUGUGUCCUCCAAGCAACAUCAUCACCUCGGGUGAACCAAAGUGGCGGGUCGUCGUUAGCAUAAAAGCCGCAAAAAUCCCCGUGUUCUGUAUGCUUUGUUGUUUCCUGAGAUAUCCAGAGUCUUAUCCUUCAAGCUGCUAUCCCCAAACCCCCACAAAGACACCACAAGAACCCAACAACACCUUCAUAACAAGUCAAUUAAAUAACACCAUGAACUCAUACAACAAUCCCGAGUCCUGCGGAUGCUGCGUUUGGUCUGAUGGUCGUCUGUACCAACCGGCAACUUGCCACGUUUGCGGAGGCAAUCUUCGAUGGGGUUGUGGAUCUUGCAAGAACACGGGACUCGAAUGGGAACCAUGCCCUCAUUACCACCAGUCCAACGCGACGAGGCGUUCGGCUCAGCCAGCAUAUACUACCACUCAGCAGUAGCUCUUAGCCAUGUUGAGUGUUCUGAGUCAUCAUAACAGAUCGUCUUGGUUAUGUCAGUGUGCGAGGAGUUCCCGAGUUGGCGGUCGGUUUUCCAUUCGUUUACUUUGGCUUCCGCAGUUAUGCCUUACUUGGUGUUACGGUAUGGUCCCCAGGUAACAAGGGUCUUGGUGUUCUGGUAUACUUUCUUCCGUAUGGUUCGGGUCGCGCAGGAGUACGGCCUUUUUGUAACGCUGGCUAGGAUUCGAGGCGGUCGUUUGACUUUGAUCAGGCUACAAUGGGUUAGCAUAGAGGAAACUUGAGCAAAUAAGAAUAGCACUUUCAGCUUACCCUGCCUCG